AUGUAUGGAUUACCCAAUUCCUGUAACCGCUUACGAGUGGACUUUCUUGGCCAACGUUCGACAGACGCUGCAGCCUUCAAACACGUUUUCAUUCGUGUUAGUGGUCGUUAUGAGUAUCUUUUAUGCAACCAGUUGUCAAAGAGCUUUUUCUUCUACCGUAAAAUUGUUGGUUUUGAAGGGAUCAAUGUAUGCACUUGUGGGGCCCACGAGAUGUUGCCCGGGAUAGCUGCGGAGUCUGGACUAGAUCCGAAUAGUCUAAGCUCUUCUGAAUUGAUGGAUGUACCAGCCCUUCAGAAUUUCCUGAAAGAACUCGGAAUUUUAGACUGGCCUAACUUGCCAUCUGACUUCCAGUUCGUGAAUCCCACCAUCGAAGAAUUCUUGGCUAUUCUGGCUGCUCACAACCAACCAGCCUUUUUACGAUUCACGAGCGAUCAAUCCGAAGAGGAAAUCAAUUCAGAAGGAAAGCUGCUCAACAUGACCGUCUCUUACUUCUACGUUCUAACCAUCCCAGAAAGAACAGUUGGUAAGUUCAGGAACAUGAUGCUUGGAAUACUCAAAUACCUUAACGUGGAUCAAUCGACAGCUAACAGAAUAUGGCAGGAAUUUCUGAGGAUAAAUGAUGAAAUUCGAAGAAUAGCUGAGGUGGAUUGGGAUGAUAUUUGUGAAGACUGCGAAGAUGAUUCCAUGAUGCUAGAUUGUACCGGGGAAGUUGAAGAUAACCUGAAACCCAUAUGUAACAUCGUGAAGGCCGUAGUCAAUUAUACAGGUAUAGGAGAUCAGUAUUCUUCACUUGGCGCCUUUAUCUCUGAUGCUGAAUACGUUAAAAGCUUGUUUCCGUUGCUGAAUAAUCUUACUCAUAAGGCCAUAGCUGAUUAUCUCAUGUUACGCGUUAUUAUGGAUAAUAUGGACGACAUGAGCUUCAUCUUAAGACUAGUGCUGCAAGAGAGCUUCGAGGGUCAAGCGCAAACGCCAUUCAAGUAUAAUCUGAAUAAGUGGAAGCACUGCGUAGGAUGGAUCUCUUUGUACAUGCCCUACGCUUUAGGGGUGGAAUAUGUGUCCAAAUUCCUUCCUAAGCGGAAACUAAAAAAGGUUA